CUCUCCCAUGACAAUGUCUUCCGCUAAGAUUGAGUGUGUUUUGCGGGAGAACUGGCGCUGCGGUGAGUCUCCAGUCUGGGAGGAGGCAUCCAACUCUCUGCUCUUCGUAGAUAUUCCUGCAAAAAAGGUUUGCCGGUGGGAUUCGCUCAGCAAGGAAGUGCAGCAAGUGACCGUGGAUGCCCCAGUCAGCUCUGUGGCCCUUCGCCACUCAGGAGGCUAUGUCGCCACAGUUGGAACAAAGUUCUGUGCUUUGAACUGGGAAGAUCAAUCAGCAGUUGUCUUGGCCACAGUAGAUAAAGACAAGAAAAACAAUCGAUUCAAUGACGGGAAGGUGGAUCCCGCUGGGAGAUACUUUGCCGGUACCAUGGCUGAGGAAACAGCUCCAGCAGUUCUGGAGCGGCACCAAGGGUCCCUGUACUCCCUCUUUCCUGACCACCAUGUGGAAAAGUACUUUGACCAGGUGGACAUCUCCAAUGGUUUGGAUUGGUCUCUGGACCACAAAAUCUUCUAUUACAUCGAUAGCCUGUCCUACUCGGUGGAUGCUUUUGACUAUGACCUGCAAACAGGGAAGAUCUCCAACCGCAGAAGUGUUUACAAGCUGGAGAAAGAAGAACAAAUCCCUGAUGGAAUGUGUAUUGAUGUUGAGGGGAAGCUCUGGGUGGCCUGUUACAAUGGAGGAAGAGUGAUCCGUUUGGAUCCUGAGACAGGGAAAAGACUCCGAACUGUGAAGUUGCCUGUUGUUAAAACAACCUCAUGCUGCUUCGGAGGGAAGGAUUACUCUGAAAUGUAUGUGACCAGUGCCCGGGAUGGGAUAGACCCCGAGGGUCUACUGCAGCAACCUGAAGCUGGUGGAAUUUUCAAGAUAACUGGCCUGGGGGUCAAAGGAAUUCCUCCCUAUCCCUAUGCAGGAUGAGUGACAGGCCUUCCUUCAUAGUGGAAGAGACUUAGAAGACAACUAGAAAAUUCUAGUGCUGAAAUUUCAGUCUAGUUACAAAAAAAAAUGAAGCAAUGAUAUUAAUAGGAUUAAAUUUUUAAUUACAAUUUUUAAAACAUAGAGC